UAAAUGUCAAAAAACAUAGUAUUGUAAAUAGUUUUUCAUGUUUAUUUACUGCAAAAUUAACUGUAAUUUUAUAAAAUGUCUGAUUUAUCUCUUAUCUUUGAACGUAUAAGCAAGCUGGUUAAAGCCGAAAAUGAAAAUGACCUAAUAUUAGCAAUUUUCAAAGGAAGUAUAAAUCCUGUUGGAAUGGAAAGUGAUGCAGAAGAAAAUUUAAAGAAAUACAAACUCUUAAAAAUAUUUAUACAAAAUAUUAUUCAUGAAAUCGACUUACUUGCUUUAGAAAUAAGUACAAAUGAAGAAAUUCUUAUAAGUGUAAAGAAUCAAAAAUUGCUUAGGACAUGCUUCCAUAUACUUAUUUCACUUGGUAUUUCAACAUGCUUAAUCCCUGGACUAGGAAUAAGCUUAGACAAAAGAUGCAUAUCUGCACAUUCAAUACCACAUAUAAAAUUAACUGAUGAACAAAAAUAUGAUAUUUUAGUAAUCUGCACAGAUUUUCUACAAAGAAGCUAUAAUGUGCCUGUUCUCAAAAACAUUAUUAUUACAUUUCAUUUGUCUGACUAUUUAGCAGCAUUAAUUCAGUUAGCAUUUGCUCCUUUGAAAAAACCUGGAGUGUACCCUCGAUUUACUAUGACACAAGAUAUGUAUGAUAAAUUUAACUCUGACCGACAAAAAUAUAUUAAACUAUAUGAUUAUUUGGUCAGCAAUUGUUUCCAACCAAUGCUGAUGAAAGAGCUGUUGGUUCUGCAGAGUGUAGCAGAUCCUGAACCACCACUGUUUGUCAAAAGAGUAAUAGCCAAAGAAAUGAGCAGACGGCUUACUGUUUCGGGCGGGUUAAUUAGUUUAAUAAGGUGUUUUAUAGAGAGUCAUGAGAUGGACACUGGUGUUGAAUGGAAGAAAAUUGAUAUGAUAUGUAAAAUAGUUGCAACUAAACAUGGUAACAUGAGCGAGAAUGACUACCUGAAGAAUAUUAUGUACCAAUUGAAGCAAAUACUAUCACUAAACAAUGUACACUAUUUAGCUACUGCAAUGUCCUGUCUGUUGACUUUAUAUAAGAAAUACAAUGAAUGUGAACCAAUCCUUACUUUGGUCAAAGAAGUGUUUAACACAUUAAAUUAUGAUGAUCUAACAUUAAAAUCAAAUUUGCCGGGUACUAUUAUUCUAACCCCACAAGAAGUAGAACAUAGCUUGCAAUUCUUACAAGCUUGUACAAGUAUGAUAAAACUUGAUCUUCCAUCUGAUCUACUUAAAAAUAAUCUAUUAAUGCUUUUUCUUUUAAGAAUCAAAUGUACAACGAAUGAAACAAAAACCAAAAUAACUGAUAUUAUUUUGAAAUCUUUAGAAAUAUUAAAUAUGAUUGAAAUUCAAAACAUAAUUGAAAAGUUUUUAUUUGGUCCUGAAGAGAGUAAUACAUCCAAUAUCUCAAUUGAAGAAUAUAAAGCAGGUUUGGCUGUGAAAUGUUCUGCAGUGCCCGUAGACCAUCCAAAAAAUGAUGCACUAAUGAACUUUAUAGAUAUAUUCUAUGCAACUACCAACAAUACAUUAAUAAAUAAAUUAUUUGAAUCAUGUUUACAUAUAUUCAUUAAUUUGAAAGCUGAAAGGCAAAUCAAAGCAAAGAAUUUAAUUAAUGUUCAAGGAGAGCCUCAAUUAUUGAGUUCAGAUGAAAAUUAUGCAGUAAUGCUACAAAUUCUAGCUGAAAUAUCAGCUUCGGAAAAGAUUAUCGGAGCUUUAAAAGAGAAUCCUUGUAUAGUGAUUAAUUUCAUGGAAUCUCUACUCUUGAAAGAUAUUACAAAUUCCGAUGAAGAAUGUAAUACUAUUGCCUUAGUAUUAUUAAAUACUGUGUUAUCGAAUAUUAAUGAUACUAAAAUAAAGGAGUUGAAAGAGAGAUUAUACAAGUUACUUCCAUUGUUAAAAAAAUUGUCCAAAGAUGACUCGGAAUACAUAAGUAUUUUGUGUAAUGAAUCAAUAUCACUAAUAAUAGCUGAUGGUCCAAAGUCUAAAGGAAGUGAAUAUGAGAAGGCUCUUUCAAACAUAUAUGAUGAUCUUCUUCCAGUGAGAGCUCAUGGUGUCAUGGAGAUGACUAAACUAAUAGAAAAGGCAGAUCCUGAAACUAUAUCUAGAAGGCAUUAUUUGUUUUGUCUAUUCCAGGAGCAACUAAAGGACACAGAUUCGUACGUUUACUUGUCAGCUGUUAAUGGCAUCGCGUCUCUAGCCAUGCAUUGCACUAGCGAAGCUUUAACUGUUUUAUGCAAAGAGUUUCUAGAAAUUUCGGAUGAACAAAAAAAUAUUGUGACGACAGAAAGCCAAAAUCGUACAGCCGAAUUGAGAAUGAAAAUUGGUGAUAUAAUUGUCAAAGUGACUAGAAAAUUAGGUGAAAUGGCUGUUGUCCACAAGACUGUUUUGUUAAAUACAAUGCUCUGUGCUUGUAGAGAUGAUGAUCCUUUGAUAAGAGCGUCAGCGUUGUCGAACUUGGCAGAAAUUGCAUUGGUAUUAAACUAUAAGAUUGGGACCAUUAUUUACGAGGUUUUGCUUUGUAUCUGGAGUAUAAUAGAAACCGAUAAGGCAAUAGAAUGCCGGAGAGCCGGUGUAAUGGUUGUAUCGAGCUUAUUAAAGGGCUUGGGUAAAGACACCUUAAUCGAGUUGAAAGAAAACUUGCUACCCAUAUACAGGACUCUAAAUAAAUUAUAUAAAGAUGCAAACGAGGAUACAGUUGUGAGACUCCAUGCGCAAAUAGCUCUCGAGGAAUUGAAUGACAUUGUCACAGAAUAUCUCCUUCCAAACCUGCCGUCACAAAAGGAGUUUUUAAUGUUAGACAAAAAAGAUGAUAUCUUUUUCAAAUAAAAGUCAAAGAUAA